AUCUCAGCAGUGACGAACUCGAAGCUUGCGUUCUUGUAGUAGAGGUCGGCAGCAAGCGGUGGUAGAGCGAGAGGUCGAGAAGAUGAAGAGCAGCACUCUGUUGGCGAUCCUAGUUCUCCAGGCCCUUCUGGUCUCUGCGGCCGUGGCCAAAGGACCUGCAGGGCCGACGACGAAGAAGCAGUGCUGGUGCGGCGAGUGCACCAGCUGGUCGGGCGUGUGGACCUGCGACGACCUCCUCACCAAGUGCGCCGCCACCUGCAAGAACUGCGUCCCCGUGUCCACGGACAAGGGGGCCAUCAAGUACAGGUGCCGCGACUUCCUCCCCGAAAACUGCGGCUGCAAGAUCCACUAGAGACUCAUCCAAUUCCACCAUGGCCGCGCGCCACAGCGGCACAGCCGAUGGAUCCUUCCAUGUUCCUCCGUCCGUCCGCCUUGCUACAAGCAGGCAGCCACACCAAUAAGCUAGCUCUUGUUGUUGUUUUGUAUGUUUGAUUGGGUGUCCCUUCCCAGUCGAGAUGGAAUAAAAUAAAUCAUCAGGCGCCAAUAA